CGCUGGGCAGUCCAAAGAGGUUACAAUUUAUACUGCGUCAAAGCUUCGAAAGUGUCUUUCAUCGGGUUUUAUUUCUUGUCUUUCGUAGUCGUCUAAUUCGUUUAUUCUCUACAAAUUUCGUAUCCAUUCCGGUCAAAUCGGUAUCUUUGCGAAUAGACGCAUCGAACCGAAGAAAUUUGCUGUGUGUAUCUUGCAUUCGAAGGGUAAAAUAGUACCAUCCGUGUCGACGACGGCAGACAGUCGGGUGUGCAAAACAAAGGAAGAAGACAGCAAAUGAGAAAUGCUACAAAAAUUACCGUGAAACUUUUAACCGCGAUAGGAACGAGGAUAGCGAUUAUUCACUGCUAUUGAUAUCAUUACGAUAAGGCACACUGCUAGCGACGAGAACCGCUUCGUUGUCCGCGUUUGCUUUUUGGGUGUAUUACGUCCUUCGCAACGAGAACGUAGCGAGAGCGAGAAGGAAAACAAUCACACAAGCACUGAACUUGUUUUAACAAGUUGAAGCUGAUAGAGCAUCCAUAUCCUGAGUGGCAACGCAAGAAGCAGAACCGAACCCCGUUAGCUGGACAAACACAACACAAUUUGGGACAACAUUUACGGCGUGUGUUAGCUGAGAGGCUGGCGGCGUAAAUCCCUUUUUCCGUUUUUAUGGGCAACAUCGUCCUGCGGAAUCGUAUCCUGGAGAAUAUGAACAAUCUCGACGGUGAUGAUGGUGGCGGAGAUAUUGAAAUGUUGCGCGAACGCUUGUUUAACGGUAUCCAGCCACAAGACGACGAAGACGAUACACCCGCGUCACGUAGCGAAUUUGCUUCCAUUUUGCGCCAUCUCAUACGCAGUGGUGAAAUAAUGGUGCUUAACUACGAAAGUUACACGCACCAUCCACUACCGGUGAUCAAGAAGAAACCGAAUCUGCAGAAGCUGAUGCGUAACGAUAUCUACCACUCAACCAAGAAUGCGUCCGGACAGAGUGAAAUGGUUGGCGAGAAUGCAAACACAGCUGCUGCACCAUUUUCGCUGAUGGAUAUGGUUACGCAGCGCCAGCAGGGGCUAGGAAAACGCAAGGGUCCGUUCAUGCAAAGCGACAAAUGCAAGAUCAUGAACCACUUCCGGCCGAAUACCUGCAUCGAAACGGUUAGUUCGUGCGACUCGAAGGUGUUCUGCGGCAGGUUCACCAGCAACGGCAAUCGGUUCGUAACGGCAAGCCAGGAUGCGCUGGUACGCGUGUACGAUUCAUCCCGCGGCCAGUACAAGUUGCUGCGCGCACUGGAGACGAAGCACGUGGCAUGGUCAAUACUGGACAUCGAUUUCAGCCCCGAUGGCAACUCGUUCGUUUACAGUACCUGGGCUGAUGCUUUGUUUAUUUCCAGCAUGGAUCGUGGAAUGUCGGACAAUAUCCAUGCGCUUUAUUUGAGCCCGAACAACCGGAAGCUGGGAGUGUUCACCGUGUGCUACUCGAGCUGUGGCAAGCACAUUCUGUGCGGUGCCAACGAUGGUAGUCUGUACGCGUACGAUAUAGAGGCGAAUCGGCGUACACUGAUGGCACCGGUUGCACGGGUCGAUACGGACGUGAACUCGGUCGGAUUCGUCGACGAGUUGUCGAACAUAUUCUUCAGCGGAAGUGAUGAUAGCGUUAUUAAGCUAUGGGAUCGUCGCUGCAUGAACGAAUCGAACCCGGAAGCGGUAGGGCGAUUGAUUGGCCACUACGACGGUAUCACGUACAUCAAUUCGCGCAACGACGGUCGAUACAUCAUAUCGAACUCGAAGGACCAAAGCAUUAAGCUGUGGGAUCUGCGCAAAAUGUCACCGUCCAACAUCAGGCGCGAACAUACCCAUAGUCUCUGGGAUUACCGAUGGGAUGAUGUACCGAAACGCUUCUUCAACAUUACGAAAUCGCUGAAGGGAGACACCAGUAUAAUGACCUACCGCGGUCACAAGGUGCAGAAGAGCUUAAUUCGUGCAAAAUUCUCCCCAGCAAGCACUACCGGCCAGCGGUACAUCUAUACCGGUUGCGGUACGGGCCGUUUAAUAAUUUAUGACGUACUGACCGGUGGGAUUGUGGAAGCGAUCGAGGGACAUCAUGAUAUUGUGCGCGAUGUGGAUUGGCAUCCGCACAGAACAGAAGUCAUUACGUGUUCGUGGGACAGCAGCGUCCAUCGGCAUGUGCAUUGCAGUUCGAUCGAGAAGCAGGAACACCGUGAAGCAUCGCAGAACGUAAAAACACGCCGCCGACUGUAUAACCCGAUCAACUCCAACUAUACCGGUUCCGAUAAUGAUUACGAUGAGGAUGAUGACGAAUUGCCGGAACAGCCACCGGUUCGACGAUCGCGUCGUUUGGCAGAACGCUACAGUAAUGACGAUGGCGGCAGGCACAGCGCAAGUAGUAGUAGCAGCAGCAGUAGCAACGCUAGUACUAGCAGCGGUAGCGGCGGCGGUGGUGGCAGCAGCAGUAGCAGCAGCAGCAGCAGUGGCCGCAGUUCCAGCUCUGGCCGGAUCAGUCGUAAUGGAAACUUUUCCCCAUCGCGAUCUUUGCGCUCGUUUGAGUCUUCUAUCCGUUCGUUGCGCCGACGGUUUCGCGACAGUCCGUGAUAAACGUAAUCCGUACACAUUGUGCGGAGGGGGCAGGCUGUCCGAGCAAGGUUGAUGGCGCAAACAAGAAAAGAAAAUGGAAUAGCAUGCUCCAGCUACUACAGGCGCUGAUCGUCAUUUACGAUCGUGUGGUAAAUGUUUGAAAUAACAUGCUCAAACUACAAUUACAGGGUUCCAUAGAUAGAGAGAGAGAGAGAGAGAGAGAGGAUAGAACGAAAAACACUGAACUGUGCAAGCAAAUAAGACAAGUGCGGCGCGUAGACUGAACUUUGCGGAAACUACCAGGUCGUAAGUCGAAGCGAACAUCUUCAUACAAAGAAAUUUUUAUCAACUAAUCAUGAAAGGAAAGGUUACAAUUAUGGUUAUAGCACACUACAGAAAGCAGUUAAAACGCAAAUUAGUAAACAAACGCAAUUGUUCACACAUUAAUCGUGAUAAGAUCAUUUUUAAAUUUCUAUUUAAACUAGCGAGCGCUCAACUGAUUUCAAAUGAUGUUUAGAACUUACUUUAACUAAAAUUGAAACAUUUUUUUGGUAAUUUAAUGGCUCAAAAUGAUAACUAUAUGCAGUGUUCAAAAAAACAGAUCAAUUGAUGCACGACAUCAUGUUGUGAGUUUGUGCUUUCAUAUAAGGUUUCCUGCAACGUUUUUUCCAUAUUAUUUGAUCGAUUGUCGCGAAACUCGCAUGCGCAUUGCAGUGUAGGGGUUGUUCGCUCUAUCCUAUCUAUGGCGGAACCCUGUAUUUAUAUUCGGAAGAUGUAGUGCUAGAAUGUUUAUUACUAGCGAGCAGAAUGUACGGAAAUUUUAGAAUCAUUUGCACUUUAUUUUCAUUUCUGCGUCCAAAUUGCGUGCAAAUUAUUCUUCCUUUCCAUUUACCGCCACUGUUGCGUUUGUGGUGGUUAACAAAAACUAUACGACUUUUUAGAAUUGAAUGAACCCCAGGUGUAUGAAGGUGUUUAGGACCACUGUGUAAUUGCUUUAUGAUAAUUAUUUACCCGUUUUCUGUUUUCUUUAUUUAAAAUUUUACACCUUAACAAAUUGAAAUAAGUAACCCCCAAAAUCCAAGCUAGCAAGCGAAAACAAAAAUCCCAUCCGUGCGUGUCCAUGCGUGCAAUCAACAGCUAUUGAUUAUUACACUCCUUUUUUAUCGGAGCUGCCCGAAGGAUUGAAGGAGGUGAACGUGGCGAGAUAUGUAGUAAGAGGAGCACAUUAAUCAUUCUACUGUACAUUUUAUGUAAUGUUAUUAUAUUCGAUGGACUGAUUUUUGUAUUCAAUUAUUCAAGUGUUAAACAAAACGGGAAAGAGCGAGAACAUACUUCAGUAAAAUCGAAUAAAGUUAAAAUAAUCAAUAA